UAUGUUGUUGGGUAACAGAAAAGUAGAAUAGAGUUUUCCAUUACUCAUCCACCAUUCAUAAUCAUCAUCACAAUUCUAUGACCUCUCAAACCCAUUUCAAUGACUACUUUCUCUCCCUUCUCAAAUUCCCUUUCCUCCACACCUUUCAACAACUCCAUUUUCUUUAAACCAAACACCAAACAAUUCGUUUUUUCCAAACACACACUCUUGCACUUCAACUCACGAAUAAUUGCAUGCUCUUCUUCACAGGAUGCAGGCAACAAUGAAAUCACACCAAACAACUUUUGCAUUAUUGAGGGGCCAGAGACGGUUCAGGAUUUUGUUCAGAUGCAGCUGCAGGAAAUUCAAGACAACAUAAAAAGCAGGCGCAACAAAAUCUUUCUUCUCAUGGAAGAGGUAAGGAGAUUGCGUGUGCAACAGCGUUUAAGAAGUAUACAAAGAGCUUUUAGUGAAGAGGAGGACGCAAAUGAGAUGCCAGAAAUUCCAUCAUCUAUUCCUUUUCUUCCUCAUGUGACACCCAACAUUUUGAAGAAACUCUAUCUUACAGGCGCAUCAUUCAUAUCUGCAAUAAUUGUAUUUGGCGGGCUUAUUGCACCAACGCUGGAGCUGAAAUUGGGAAUAGGUGGUACCUCAUAUGAAGAUUUCAUAAGAAGCUUGCAUUUGCCUUUGCAACUAAGUCAGGUCGAUCCAAUUGUUGCAUCGUUUUCAGGUGGAGCAGUUGGCGUGAUUUCAGUACUGAUGUUAAUUGAGGCCAAUAAUGUUGAGCAACAAGAGAAAACAAGGUGCAAGUAUUGCCUUGGAACUGGUUACUUGGCCUGCGCUCGGUGUUCCACAAGUGGUGUAUGUUUGAACAUUGAUCCGAUUUCGGUAUCUGGUACUUCUGUUAGACCCCUGCAAGUUCCUACAACCAGAAGGUGUCCAAAUUGCUCUGGUGCUGGAAAGGUUAUGUGUCCAACCUGCCUUUGCACUGGGAUGAAGAUGGCAAGUGAACAUGACCUAAGAAUUGAUCCAUUUGACUAAUUUUUUUUACAUGAUUUGGGAAUUUGUAUUUUAGUUGCAAUGAAUGUAUUUGAAAGUCCACCCCCAAAUUUAGCAUUAAUUUCUUUUUAAACAAAUUGUAUGAAUAAGGAUUUAGGGUAAAAUAUGCCAUAAUUUUUUUGUCCUAAUUUCAUAUUUACUGAAUAGACCGCAAGAACUUUUAAUACAGUGUUUAAGGUGGGGUGGAUCUGUGCAAGUUAUUGGAAAUUUCUCCUUUUACUUUUA